AGACGGGGGCGUGGCGGGGAGAGGAAAGCUCCCGGAGAAAGCCGACCGGACUGCCGCGAGCGAGGCCUGCAGCGGAGUCCAGAGGAGGAAGGCGCCGGGGACUGGGGCAGGACCAGGGCGGGAACGGGUGGGGGAGGGGUACCACAGGCAGUUGGACCCGAGGGUCCUGAGCUGAAACUCAACACCCGCCUUUGGAAGGAUCGUCCCCCUUUCUCCUCCGCCCCUUCCCUUCCCCUCCCCUUUCCCCUCCCUCCUUUCUCUUAAUCCCCAGGACUGAGCCCCGCGCCGGAGAGGAGAGGGCCUGAGGGGAGGAGAAAGGAACAGCACUGAGAGGGGCCAGGAGCCCAGGAAGGGGAGGGAAGGGCAGCCGCGGCCCAGGGGUGAGCCUGGGGGCCACGCGCGACCCCCGGAGCCUUCGCAGCCCUCUCAGUGUCCCCACCCCCAGCCCAGGCGAGUCCGCAGGACCCGGGACCCUGCUCCUCCUUUGCCUUCUCUUUGCUCCUUCUUUUGCUUUGUGGCCUUUCUUUCCCUUCCCAGAGACACCUGGGAGCUGCCCCCAAGCUGUGGGGCGCGCCGCGGGGUCCUGCCAAGGCUGCCUGUGAGAGGGGGCGGCGGGGUCGGCGCCGGGUGCCAGGGGCCGAGGGUGGGAGCAGGAGCUUGUGGCCUUGCGCCCUGGAGCCGAGGACUGGAAGGGGGCUGGGCCCCUCUGCCGCCUGGGCGCGGGCAGCGCGUCGGAAAGGCUGUCCCGCCUGUUCCAGUGGUGCCUGUGUGCUGGUUGCUGCUGCUCGGGGUGAGGCGCUGUGGCGGCGACCUCAGACCCCCGGGCGCGCUGAGUGAGUGCGCGCGUGAAAACCGCCGCGCCGCCGGGGGUGCGAGUGUUUGGGCAGAAGCGGCCACUCCAGCGACCCAGCCCCACAGCCACGCUCUCGGGGGUCUUUGGCUCCGGGCAACUUGGGACAAACGUCUAAGUUCUCGCUCUCCCUCCCUCCCAGCGGGGUCGCCGCAGACCCAAGCCCUGGGAGCACCGCUCUGCAGCACAGCCGGCGGGUGGAGAGGGUUGGCCCCAAAACUCGCUCGUCCAGCCCAACCGCCCCAGCGGCUUCUCCCAGCCCUCGAGGCUCUCGUGAGCGGCCUGGAGAGGCGUCGAGCGCAGCCCAGCGCCCGCCUGCUCACCUGCCCCGGCCCCCGAAGGGAACUUUCGGCUCCUGCGAGCCCGGGGCGCCCCCGCGGUCUAGGGCGGGCAGCUCCCGGGGACUGGACGAGGUGGUGGUGCCCGGGAGACCGCGGGGACAGCACGCAGCGCGCGCCCUUGGAUGCGGUCCCGCAGCGACGCCCCGGCCCGCCCCGCUCCUCCUCCUGCCUGGCUAGCCUGCCUCUCAUUUGGGAAGUUUUGUGGGUUUUCUUUCUCCUCCUCCGACCUUGGCGGAGGCCACGACUCAGGCGCCACAGCUGGGGGCUAGAGGCCCCGAAUCAUGGUGCGGGGCAGCCACCGCUGAAGUCAGCGAAACCGAGCCUGGCCUGAGGCAGGCUGCGCGGGAGGCCAAAGCCAUGGCCAUUGCCACGUCGGCCCAGCUGGCCCGGGCACUGUAUGACAACACCGCUGAGUCCCCCCAGGAGCUGUCCUUCCGCCGAGGGGACGUCCUACGGGUCCUGCAGAGAGAGGGCGCUGGUGGACUGGACGGCUGGUGCCUCUGCUCCCUACACGGCCAGCAGGGCAUUGUGCCCGCCAACAGGGUGAAGCUCCUGCCUGCUGGCCCAGCACCCAAGCCUGGCCUCUCUCCUGCACCCCCAGCCCAGCUUGGCUCACCAUAUCCAGCCCCAGAUCACAGCAAUGAGGACCAGGAGGUAUAUGUGGUGCCGCCCCCAGCUCGGCCCUGUCCAACCUCAGGACCUCCAGCUGGACCUUGCCCACCCUCUCCUGACCCCAUCUACAAGAUCCCCAGAGCCAGUGGUACCCAGCUGGCUGCUCCCAGAGAUGUCUUAGAGGUCUACGAUGUGCCCCCUACCGCCCUUCGGGUGCUCUCCAGUAGCCCCUAUGACUGCCCUGCCUCCUUUUCCCACCCUCUGACCCGGGUUGCCCUGCAGCCCCCUGAAGAGGAUGAUGCUCCCUAUGAUGUGCCUCUGACCCCAAAGCCACCUGCAGAGCUGGAACCAGAUCUGGAGUGGGAAGGAGGCCGGGAACCAGGGCCCCCCAUCUACGCUGCCCCCUCCAACCUGAAACGAGCGUCAGCCUUACUCAAUCUGUAUGAAGCACCCGAGGAACUGCUGGCAGAUGGGGAAGGUGGGGGCACUGAUGAGGGGAUCUACGAUGUGCCUCUGCUGGGGCCAGAGGCUCCCCCUUCUCCAGAGCCCCCUGGAGCGCUGGCCUCCCAUGACCAGGACACCCUGGCCCAGCUUCUGGCCAGAAGCCCCCCACCUCCACACAGGCCCCGGCUCCCCUCAGCUGAGAGCCUGUCCCGCCGCCCUCUGCCUGCCCUGCCUGUCCCUGAGGCCCCCAGCCCCUCCCCAGUGCCCUCUCCUGCCCCAGGACGGAAGGGCAGCAUCCAGGACCGGCCUCUGCCCCCACCCCCACCCCGCCUGCCUGGCUAUGGGGGCCCCAAGGUCGAGGGGGAUCCAGAGGGCAGGGAGAUGGAGGAUGACCCAGCAGGACACCACAAUGAGUACGAGGGCAUUCCAAUGGCCGAGGAGUAUGACUAUGUCCACCUGAAGGGCAUGGACAAACCUCAGGGAUCUAGGCCCCCGGAUCAGGCCUGCACAAGGGAUCCUGAACUGCUGGAGAGGGGAAUGCCGGCACUGCAGGAGGCCCUGUCCCCAGGGGAGCCACUGGUUCUGUCCACCGGAGAUCUACAGCUCCUGCACUUCUACGCUGGGCAAUGCCAGAGCCACUACUCGGCCCUGCAAGUGGCCGUGGCAGCCCUGAUGUCCAGUACCCAGGCUAAUCAGCCCCCGCGACUCUUCGUGCCCCACAGCAAGAGGGUGGUGGUGGCUGCUCAUCGCCUGGUGUUUGUUGGGGACACCCUAGGCCGGCUGGCAGCCUCUGCCCCUCUGAGAGCACAGCCUAGGGUGGAGGUCACUGCACUGCCACCCACCUCUGGAAGACUGGCCAUGAAAAGUCAGGUGGCAGAAACCUGAGGCCACAUAGAGCCUCUCUCUUUUCCUGUAUCUUGGCUCUAGAAGAUCAGCACUGCACUGUUAGCUGAGAGUGAGGGCAAGACAUAAACUGUCCAGAGUUUGAAGGUCUCAGGAAGACCAGAGAGCUUCUCCCCACAGAAGGUGGAGAGAGCUGGGACUCAGACAUGGUUGUGCACCUCAAUAAACCCUGCAGUCUGCCUCCCUGACUCUGCUUCUUGGGAGCAUGGUGAGCAGCCCUGGUGCUCAGCAGCCAUACCUAUGGGACACACACUAUGAACAGGAUGCCUUUAGGGAUUUGGGGGAGAUUUUGCUCCUUUCCUCAACAACUAUUCACUGGACAAGUUCUCUGCUCCCAUGAUGCGCCAGGCACAGUUCUGCAAGUAUAUUGUGAAUGUAUCAUUCUAGUGGGAUACACAAAUAAGUCAGUUAAAAUACAUAAAUAAAAACAUAAACCUGC